UCCAUUUCUCUCACAAUUCCAUCUCAAUACUUACAAACAAAGCUAUCUAACAUAGAAACACUUAUGAAGUCCCUCAUUGUCAUUCUUAUUGUGAUUCUGAGUGUGUGUCAUGUGUCUUUGGCAAGAACAAAGAAUAAUGAAAAUAAGAAGAUUACUUACAUUGUUCAUGUUGCGAAAUCCACAAUGCCAUCAAGCUUCCGCCACCAUUCAAUCUGGUACAAAUCAGUUCUGAAGUCGGUAUCCCAGUCAGCUGAAAUACUUUAUACCUAUGAUGAGGCAAUAAAUGGAUUCUCCACUACUUUGACAGUUGAAGAACAUCGGUUACUAAAGAGCCAACCGGGGAUUCUAAAGGUGACACCAGAUAAAAUGUACAAACUCCACACAACUCGGACACCAAAGUUUCUCGGGCUCGAUAAAAUUUCUAGCUUGCUCCCUACGCUAGAUAAAAGUAGUGAUGUAAUUGUGGGAGUCCUUGACACAGGUAUAUGGCCCGAAAGCAAGAGCUUCGACGAUACUGGAUACGGGCCAAUUCCGCACAAUUGGAAAGGAAAAUGUGAAACAGGUACAAAUUUUACAACAUCUAAUUGUAAUAAGAAAUUGAUUGGUGCUAGGUUCUAUCGAAAGGGUUUCGAGGCUUCUAUAGCUCCAAAUGAUGAACGUAUCCGGUUUUUAUCACCUCGAGAUGAUGAUGGCCAUGGAACCCACACUGCAAGCACAACUAUAGGAUCUCCGGUGGAAAACGCGAGUCUUUUUGGCUUAGCCAAUGGGACUGCACGUGGGAUGGCCAUUGGCGCUAGAGUUGCAAUGUACAAGGUUUGUUGGAUAGAAUUAUGUAGCGGUUCUGAUAUAUUGGCUGGGAUAGAUCAGGCCAUUGCCGACAACGUCAAUAUUCUUUCAUUGUCGCUUGGAGAGAUACCAUAUAAAUACUUCAAGGAUAAUUUAGCAAUUGGAGCCUUUGCAGCAAUGGAGCAUGGCAUUCUAGUCUCAUGCUCUGCGGGCAACUUUGGUCCUCGUUCUUGGAGUGUCACCAAUAUAGCACCAUGGAUUACAACUGUGGGAGCUGGAACACUAGAUCGAGAUUUCCCUACAUACGUUAGUCUUGGAAAUGGAAAAAAUUAUUCAGGCGUGUCCUUUUAUAAUGGCAAUUCCUUGCCCGAAACUCUUGUGCCGUUCAUAUAUGCAGGAAAUGCAAGCAGUGAUGAAGGAAAAGGUGAUGGAACAUGUGCUCCAGGCAGUUUGGACCCAAAAAAAGUAGCGGGAAAGAUUGUUUUGUGUGAUCCUGGAAAGAUUGGAAGGGUGGAAAAAGGAAAUAUAGUGAAAUCUGUUGGUGGUUUGGGCAUGGUGUUUGCCAACAAUGAGAAGGGUGGAGAAAUACUUACGCCUGAUGCACAUAUUUUUCCAGCAACUGCCGUUGGCUUCACAAAUGGCGAAGCCAUCAAGAAAUACUUAUUUUCUGAUCCAAAACCGACGGGUACAAUUGUGUUUGAAGGAACAAAGCUUGAGGUUGAGCCGUCUCCUGUUGUUGCUGAUUUCAGCUCACGAGGACCCAAUUUGAUAACGCCGCAAAUAUUGAAGCCCGAUUUAAUUGCACCGGGCUUCAACAUCUUAGCAGCAUAUCCAAAUAAUUUGAGUCCUACAGGCUUGACUUCAGAUCCUAGGCGCGUCGAUUUUCAAAUUAUGUCAGGCACAUCAAUGGCAUGCCCACAUGUAAGUGGACUAGCAGCUUUGCUCAAAUCGGUUCAUCCAGACUGGAGCCCAGCUGCCAUUCGAUCUGCGUUGAUGACAACAGCUUAUACGGCUUAUAAAAACAAUCAGACAUUAUUGGACGGUGCAACGAAAAAGCCAGCGACUCCGUUUGAUUUUGGUGCUGGACAUGUUGAUCCGGUCUCCGCGCUAAAUCCCGGGCUUGUCUAUGAUUUGAGAGUGGAUGACUACUUGAGUUUCCUCUGUGCAGUGAACUAUUCAUCAGCUCAAAUUGAAAUUGUGGCGAGGAGAAAAUACACAUGUGACCCAAAGAAACAAUACAGUGUAACAAAUCUUAAUUACCCUUCUUUUGCUGUGGUCUUUACAGGUGAGCACAAUGAAAUUAAACACAGUCGGACUCUUACCAAUGUGGGUACGGAAGGAACAUACAAGGUAUCUGUUAAGUCAGAUGUUCCAUCUGUCAAGAUCUCGGUUGAACCAGAAGUGUUAAGUUUUAAGAAAAAUGAGAAAAAAACAUACAUAGUUAAAUUUUCUACAUCAACUUCCAAACAAAAUAUUACUCAAAGUUUUGGAAGUUUGCAAUGGUCUGAUGGAAAAACUGUUGUUAGAAGUCCUAUAGCAUUUAGGUGGAAAAUAGAGUAAAAGCUUGAUGUGUUAUUGUUAUGAAUAUAUUGUAAUAAUAUAAUAAAACAUUAUGUCUGUAUA